AUGCGCUCGACAGGAGUGGCGGUGAAAGUGAAUUCCACCUGCGGACGUGGGCAGAGAGGCCUGCUCUACACAUGUGCAAAAGUGUGUGUGUAUCAGCUGCAAUCAAUCGAGGAGUCUGAAGCUAGAAGUGGAAGGCAGGUGGGCAUCAGUGACGUCAUAGCAGUACGUCACAACCUCUUCGCGUGGAGUACGAGGAAGAGGAAGGAGAACCUGCAGCAACGGAGACAUCAUACGAGCUUGACGUGUGACGUCAUUCUUCGGAGUAGUGUGGUUUGCAAGCAAAAACUAUGUCGCAUUUGCAAACAUAAGCACCACUCAUUGCUUCACCCAAAACCAACAUCAGAAGUACAAAAUAUUGUAUCACCCAAGCCAGAUUUAGCGGUGGAAGUCAAAUCAACGAUGUCAAACGUAAAAGCAUCGUUAGAGGAGCCUAAAAGGGUGUCAAAUAUAGUAGCAAGUUUCUCGCAACAAACAGUACCUAACCAGAUCCUGUUAGCUACCGCAAUUGUUAAAGCUGAAGCGAGAAAUGGUGAAGCUCACUUGCUCAGAGCCCUGCUAGAUCAGGGUUCUCAAGCGUCGUUUGUCACCGAGUCCACAGCACAGUCACUUGGUCUAAGGAAGAUAGCUAGAAGGAGUCACAUAUCGGGAGUGGGCGGCGAUAAGAGGUCAUUGACUUCUAGGCACAUCGUUAUGAUGAAAAUUCAAUCGCGCUGUGAUCCAAGCUUCCAAAUCCAAGUGCGUGCGCAUGUCUUAGGAUCUAUAACUAGCCUUCUUCCAUCUGCGAAGAUAGCCAGCGUGGACUGGCCAGAGCUAGCUAAUAUAACUCUAGCAGAUCCUCAAUUUCACACACCAAACAAAAUAGAUAUUUUAUUUGGUGCAGACGUAUACGGUCAAAUUAUAAAGGAAGGGUUGAUCAAGGGUCCUAAUGGCACUCCAACAGUUCAGUGCACGGCUUUAGGAUGGAUCAUAUCUGUCCCACACAUAGAGUUGAUAAUGAUCAAUCUCUUUCGCCACAUUGUCAUCACAAUGUUAUCA